GCGGCACUCUAGCCGCUUCGGCCAAUCAGCCGUCGGCAUCAUAGGCAGGAGCAACGCGAUUGGCUGAGAUGGUCUAGGUAGCGCCGAACUCUCGAACUCGCGCCGCUCGCCAACAUGCCUGCCGCAAAGGAGCCGAGCCGUCACACAAAAGCAAGAUGGAGGAUCUCGCAGUCGAAGUAUGCGGCGAAAACGGAGCAUAUUAUAAGGCCUUUGUCACCGACGUCUUUGAAGAUGAAGUCCUGGUCGCUUUCGAAAAUGAUUGGCAACCUGAAUCGAAGUUCCCAUUUGCUCAAGUUCGUUUACCUGCAAAAGAUGGCCCAAAACCUGAAUAUACGGAAAAUCAGGAAAUUGAAGUACUUUCGCGAGCUAAUGACCAUGAAGCUUGCGGAUGGUGGAAGGCAAUCAUUAAGAUGAUUAAAGGAGGCUUCCAAGUGGUAGAGUAUAUGGGCUGGGAAUAUUCGUACACAGAAAUUGUGUCCAGUGAACGGUUGAGACCAAAAAAUCCGAAUCCUCCCAUCGACAAGAACACGUUUCAUAAGAUUGAAAUUGAAGUACCUGAAGAUCUGAGAGAGUUUGCAAAAAUGGAGAAUGCACACAAGGAAUUUCAGAAGGCAAUUGGUGCAGCGCUUUGUCGAUACGUGCCUGAACGAGGAGUACUGCUGGCCAUCUCCCGUAAUGAAAAUAUUCAUCGGCACAGUACUAUGCUUAAAGAAAUGCACUUCCGAAACUUGUCGCAAAAGGUUCUGUUAUUGAAGAGAACGGAAGAAGCAGCUCGUCAACUCGAAUCCACUAAGCUUCAAACAAGCGGAGGCAAAUUUAGAUCUUCAAACUUUAUAUAUCAGCGUGCCUCAGACUUUGAGGCAGGAGUGAGAACGAAUUCAAGGUACACCGAUGAAUUUAAUGUACGAGAGGAUCUCAUGGGACUUGCGAUCGGUGCCCAUGGUGCGAAUAUUCAACAGGCGAGGAAAGUAGACGGGAUUACCAAUAUAGAAUUAGAAGAAAAUACGUGCACCUUUAAAAUAUACGGAGAGACACGCGAAGCUGUAAAAAAGGCACGAUCUAUGCUGGAGUACAGUGAAGAGUCUAUACAGGUGCCACGAGUCCUUGUAGGCAAAGUAAUUGGUAAAAAUGGUCGAAUUAUACAGGAAAUUGUCGACAAAUCUGGCGUAAUAACAUCUGGCUCGAGUGGGAAUGUACAUACUGAUAGAGUGCGAGUUAAAAUAGAGGGCGACAAUGAACCCCAGCCAACCAUCCCCCGUGAAGAGGGCCAAGUACCUUUUGUGUUCGUUGGGACGGUCGAGAGUAUCGUCAACGCUAAAGUCUUACUCGAGUAUCACUUGGCGCAUCUCAAGGAGGUGGAGCAGCUUCGGCAGGAGAAACUGGAGAUCGACCAGCAGCUGAGGAACAUGCACGGAUCGACCACUGGACCCAUGCCCAGCUUCCCUCCGACAAGACGAGGCAUGGCUGCCGGCCCCGAGGAGUCGGGCUCCGGACGCGGUGGCCGAGGAGGCCAGUCCCGUGGUCGCGGAAGGGGUAGGGCACCUACCAGACACAAUGCCGGACUGCGUCGGGACACCCUGGACGGGAACGAAGAUCGCGUCCGAGAUCUUCCACCGAGGGGCGGCCACCAGGGUCAGGGUGGCCCUGGGAAUUCGGGGUACAUGGGAGGGAGGCAAGGUCGCCCUCCGACCCAACGUCGAGAUCGCAGAGACGAGCGUCGUCGAACCACGGACGAGGAAGACACCGUUCUCGACAGCCAGGAGGUCUCCAGCAUCGACAGAGAGUCGGUAUCAAGCGUAGAGGGAGCCCCUAGAAAGCAAAGACAGCACCGGCGAUCUCGUCAGCGCAGCGCCACCCCGGCUAACGGUCAGACAGGUAGCAAUGCAGGCCCGGGAGAGCAGUCGAAUGUAACGAGUAAGGAGGGGACUCCGGCGAACGACGUGACCGCCUCUACCAACAGCUCCCAGCAAGGGCCGAAGGGCCAGAGGGACCUCCGCCAUCGCCACUCUCGCAUCUCGCAGAGCAGUAAGCCCAAAGAGGCUCUGGUUAACGGUACCAGUGGCUAAGCAUUCCGCCGAGGUGGAUGGGAAUAGAGGAGGAGCCGCUUGGCGCGCUAACCGUUGCGACACACCAUGAACUACCGACGAGAGAGAGCUGCUAAACAACUCGACAGCAUGCAGUUACGACGCAUACCCACACCAAGGACCUCACGAUUACGGAACGCGACACGAUUUAGUCUCUACGCUCGUUGUUAAGACUGUUUGCUACCAAUAAGAAUUACGACAGUUGUUUAAGAGAAGAAGAAGAAAAAAAACAAAAAAAAAAUCGUCAUUCUCCUUAAGGACGUUUAAGGACACACACACACGUAUUAGAUAUCCAUGCAUGGUUUAGUUUAAUGAUAGUUAUCGCGCUAUCAUGUUUGAUAUACACGGAGACAUUCAUUGGGAGGUAGUAGCGGCACAAUUCGGCAAGGAGGAUCCCCCCUGAUUGUGAAACUGUGCCUCAUUUUUGAUACCGAGCUCCUAACUUGUCCGGAUAUACGAGAGGCAGAGCCACCUCGGACGUACCGCGCCCGUUUACGAGAGACGCCCUCCGCCCUCUCUUUCGAGAGCUUUCGUUGGCGCUACGCGACCAGGCCCGACCAUGGGCCGGGUCGGAUUCGCGGCUCGUACGUGUCAAUUAGCCGAUUAGAGGGAAAAUUUCGGUCUAGUAAUGCCGCGGAAGCGAGUAUCGAGCCGCGACGCGACGCGCGGAGACGGGUCCCUAGGGCCUCGCGUGUGGCGGAUGCUCUCUAUGCGGAUCGUUUGGAAUUUUUAACGAGCGGUACCUCGUUAGGGGCUGAACUUCGAGACUCGUGUUUGUCCCCCUCACCCCCGCCGCGACGGGGGCAAACCAAAGACGAUUGCGUUACGACCUCUUAUCUUGUCGAUCGACCAACACUAACUAAGACACGUUAUUUCACAAGGAAGCGCCUAUCGUUAGUGAUUCCAUCUUUGCGCGAGACAGGAAAAGGGCUUCUCUGGGCGAGUCCGUGCUGACGCGUAUUCAUUUUGGGCCAUUGCUAGAUUGAAAUUAAACCGAUCAACGACCGAGCGCACGUGGUUUUUUUUCCGUUGUUCAUUUGACAAUGGCUGGCGGCAGCUGUAGACGAUCUUGAUUCUCUGCGGUAUUCCCAAUGAUGUUCCUUCAAUUUAAUUCGCAAGAUUGAGUUGUUUUCUUUUCUCCAUUUUUUUUUGUAAUUUCUUUUCUUUAUUAUCUUCUUUUUUUUUCCCCCCCUUUGAGACUCCUUUGGUUUACGAUUAUUUGUAGAGUUACUUAACAACACUAGAUUUCUACGUUUCAAUGCCGAGUGCUGAUUAACGAUACCUUGACGAACGCUGAAACGGCUUAUCUGAUUAUUCGAAGGAACGCGAACAGGUGUGCACGAGGGGUAGGUUUUGUUUCCCGGUACACUUCUUUCUCUCUUUAUCUCUAUCUCUCUCUCUCUUUCUCUCUCUCUCUCUCACACACAUAAUUUAGCCUUUUUUUUUCGUUUUCUUUUUUCAUUUACUACAGUGUAAGCUACGAUAUCAAAUGGUAUAAUUUGAUAUACGAUUCGUUUCUGCAUUGUUUCACAUGGUUUAAAAAAGGAAGUAAACAUAUACUUAGUGAUACCAAUGUAUGAUGUGCCAGAGAAGGAAUGAUACAUGUUUUAUGAUAUCUAGCUGAAGUGCAGACUUAGCGCAUACCUUUAUUACUAUAAUACUACUUAGUCAAAAUGUGGAUGUCUGAACAAAUAAACUAGCUUUACUAUACUAAGCUAUAAAAUAGAUACGGCCAACGGUUUUAAAUUGUACGUCAAUUUAAAACGGUUGCCUCUUUUCUUCCGGAUUUGACAACAACUAAUCGGACGUGUCUCAUGGAUUUUGCAAAAACGCACGAAGGUUGAUGCAACACGUUGACACUUAACAAAACAGCUGCCAUAACAUCUGAAUAUCAUUAUGGCAGCCAAAAACUGAGAUAUCCCCCAACUUGCUUGUUUCAGAUACAUUUGUAUUGAUUGCAAUUUGUGCAUAAUUUAAGAAUAAAACAUUUCUGUACAUAGA